AUGCGCAUCACUCCGCCAGACGCUCAUGCAGCCUCAGUCGGCGUAGACAAGCAUCUCCUCGCUCCAGCAGCACCCGUCCACGAUACCCUACGACACGGCCACGCAUCCCUUGCCGCGCAACACAAUAACCGACACCCACUCGAACAUCGCCUCAUGCAUUGGGAGAAGCAGCAGGCAGAAGUCAGGCUAGAGACCAUGCGCCGUGUCUAUGGACUUGCUGAACCUGUGAGGCGUGGCAUGGAACUACAUAUCGUUCAACAGGGCGCUCGUCCUGCUUUGAUGGGAUCUCCUGUCGGCCUUGAUAUCCUCAACAACACAGACCUGAAGCUUGACGUGGACGAUGUUUUCCGCAGCAUGCCGUCAGACAAGUCGCUGCACGACGACAUGGACCGCAAAGUACGCUUUCGUUCAUAA